AGUGCCUACCAAUAAGUACGGUACACUCCUCAGCUGCCUUUUCCCUACACACCUCCAACAAAGUCUAAAGAAACUUCUCUUUAUUAAUGUUUCCGUCCUUGGGAAGGCUUUUACUUCCUUGUGUGCUUUUUAUAGUAAAGCAAACAAAAAUAAUCACUGUGAGCAAUCUUUUAAUUUAUUUCCUUUUCUCGAGAAUACAACCUUACUUUCUGUGAACAAUGUGCUGUUAAUAAAGUUUGUUAAAUGAACCACAUAAUUUUCCCUAAACCACAAAGGCAGUAAACGAUUCUUCUCUGCAGAGCAAAAAUUUUCAAUUUUUUAAAAAAUCGAGAAGCGUUUUGACUAAACUAAAAGAAAUCAUUGAAAUAGUAAAACUAGAAACGAUGGGUGAUUGAGUGAUAUUAGUGAAAAAAUUUGCAUAAGAACUACGUAGCUUCAAAAUCUGUGUUUAUCAACUUACAAACUUCCUUAAAAACAGCUGCUACUUACUCUGUUGAUAACAAAUCGGCUUAGGAAAAUAAAAGCGUUUUCAGUCAGAAAUCUUGAAAAGAAUUGCAGAAAUUAAAAAUUGCGACAAAUGACAAAAAGAAAAAAUUAAGAAGCUAAAAAAUUUGGAUAAAGAACGAUCGUAGUUAAAAAAGUUAAACAAAACCCUUCUCCGACCGUCCAGGGAUUCGAACCUUAGCCAGAUUAGAUCUCGCCUUAGGAACCGUAAUUGUGUUGAAAAAAACUUAACAUCGUUUUCCCAAAUCUCUCCAUUAACUUAAAACACCGCAGAAAAGAUAUUAAUCUUGGUUUGCGUCCUGGGGUUAAUCAAAACCUUUCCGAGCAUUCUAGAUUUAAGUGUUUGGACUUCACUAAACAAUUUUGUCACGCUCUGCCAUAUGAUUGGUUUGUUAUAUUCAAACAUCCAGGCUUGACUAAUUUCAGAAUCUUUUGACCAAUCGCUGGUUAUUUCUUGGACCUUUUAUCUGAGCACAGCCGGAAAAAAGCAAGCAAAUGCCUCUCGGAACUAAUUUGCUUCAAGCUGGCGGAAAUUAUAAUGUUGAUGUCUGUGGUUGCCUCUUCGUAUAAUAAGCGUUUAAAAUGUUAGGAGGACAUAUAGAGCUCACUGAGUUUGAAUAAUUGAGAUUUUAAGUGGACAGUUUUGUUUAAUAUUCAUUACUAAAGCGAAAAUCUCGUCGCAUCAGCAGUUGUGACGAUAGCAACAUCUUCAAAAGAAAUUCGCUGUGACUGGAAAGACUCGCAUUUUCAGAUUAUUUGGUCUAACGUAAAACAUCUUCAUAUCAUCUGAUUUAAAAUCUGAGGCAAGGAGUAUUGCUUCAAUAAUCGAUUAUCUUGUUUUGGUUGUCGCAAUUUCACAGAGCUUCCGAUCAGCAGAAUAAAUCAAAGUCAGUUGAACUUGCGGAGUGCAAAAUGGUGUUUGGUGGUCCGUUGGAAUGCCGAAAUUCGACAGCACCUCCAACGCUUUCUUUCGUCUCAUCUGCAAUGUCCUCGCUACUUAUGCUGAUAACAGUUCCAGGGAAUCUUCUCAUUUGCCUAGCAGUUGUUAAAGAUCCUUACAAGACGCUCAGAUCUCCCUUCAAUCUUUUUCUGUUGAAUAUUUCAGCAGCGGAUCUUGUGGUGGGCUUAAUCGUUCUUCCAUUAUCCAUAGCGUUUCACCUUCUGGAAGGAAUAGGUAUUAUGUUCGCUCCACUGACCAAAUCUUUGCAUCUUUCCUUCUUCAUUUCAUGCACAGCUUCUGUGUUGGGUAUCGCAGCUUUGAGUUUGGAUCGGUAUAUUUGUGUUACGUCUCCCAUGAAAUACCGUUUGAAGCUUAGAUCUCGACAAGUCAAGAGGGCUUCAUUCAUCAUUUGGCUGAUCUCCGUGGUUUGUCCCUUCACGUAUCUGUAUGUCGACUUUAUAAUUUACACUUUUGUGUUCGCUAAUGGAACUCUUCUUUUUACAUUACUGGUUUUAGCUUUUGUAAACCACAAGAUUUACCGCAGUCUUCAAAUUCAAAGAAAACAGCUUCAAGCUUUCGCAGACGGUAAGGAUUUUAAGACGACAGUAGCUAAGCGCGAUGCAAGAGUUACCAAAACAUUCGUACUCUUCCUUGGCUCAUUCAUAGCCUUGACUGUUCCUCCCUUGUCGUUUAGCUAUGUGUUAAACUUCUGCUCAACGUGCAGCUGCAGAACAAUUCACAUCUUCAGAGAUCUUCAGUUCCUCUCAAUAUUGUUUCCAAGCUCAGUAAAUCCUUUUAUUUAUGCAAUAAGGCUGCCGAACUUCAGAAGAGCUGUAGCAGUGAUAUGUUCCACAAUCUCAAAAAGUCGGUUUUUCGCAACAAACCCUGAACAACCCAUGUAUGAAUCUAUUUCAAGUGAAGUGUUUGAUAGACAGUAUGGAAGAAGUUUCAAACCUUUAACAGAACAGCCUGAAUCGAUGCGCCUGACCACUGCUGGUACACCUGUCAGGGGAAAAGACGCACAAAAUGUCGGAACAACAAACACCGAGCGAUGGAGCAGCAGUGACAUAGUUUUCUAUGAGAAUCAAAUUGGCGAACAUGAGUUGUGCUUGGAAAACGAUUUGUAUUGGAGGAGUCAUUCUCCGAACCAAGAAAGUAUCGGCAUCUCACAAUUCUACAAACUCACAACAGUUGUGUGAGACCACAUAUCUGACCGUGAUGAAGAGUAAGAGCAAAUCAGAAGUUGAUGAUGAUAAAAAUGACGGAGAUGACAAAAUUAAUUUAUAGUAAUGUAUGUGAACAUAUGGCAGAGAGAUACUGCCGCUAGAAGGAGAUCGCUUCCGAACAAGUAACUAACAAACUGAAAAUUACUGCGAUGUAAAGAAGAACGAAAGAGUCGAGGAAAAUAUCAACAAUAAAAUAGUUUUAAAAAGUGCCCAACUAUGAUAACUGAAAUAAAACAAGAAAACCGUAAUCGCAGUGACAAAUUCUCAAAAUCACAAAUGACCAGGCUAGGUAAAUGGCUGUGUUGUGAUGGUAAUGAGCAUUGAAGUCGCGAAAGGAGCAAGAAAAUGAAAUGGCUCUAAAAGGUUAUCCUCCAAAACGACAUCCAAAAGGCUCUAAAAAGACAUCAGGAUCAAAGGCUAUCUACACUAAAGUACUUUAGUGAGU